GUUUUGCUAAAAAAUGUGUAGCCCAAUUGUUUCUGCCAUUCGUAUUGCAUUAUUUUUCUCUUUUGCUCAUCUUUGCAGUUCGAUGAAAAUUUGUCGGGUUAAUUUUGUGGUGCCAAUAAAUUAAAUUGGAUUUAAUUAAAUCUAUAAAACUUGAUAUAUCUGUUAAUCCGUGUGCUUAAAAGUAAGGUUUACGUUAACAAUUUCCUUGAAAUAGUUUUAAUCAACGUGUGUGUGUGUUGACAGAAAUUUUCAAUUUCUUCGCUAUUGCCUCGAAAGGUGGUGAUAAAAAUUUCGCUGAACAAAAGCAGCAAAGAAAAGUGUGUUUUCAUUUCUAUGAAUUAAGCAAAGCUACAAGAAAAUGUCUGGCUAUGCGAAUACAAAUUACGGUCCUCCGCCCAUGGGGCAAACAAAUUUUGUGAACGGCUUACCAGCCACACAACAGCAGCAGCAAACAACUCAAGGAGUUGCCGGUGCACCGCCACCGCCCUUCUCCGCAAAUCCUCAACACCAAAUUCAGCAGCAGCAACAACAAAUACUACAACAGAAACAACCACAACAACAGCAAUUAUUGUCGCAGCCGGUUCACACGUUGCAAAGUAAUAUGAGUAAAUUUUUGCCACCAACGUCAAACUCUGCGUCAUCAGCAGCACUUAAUGGACCAACGAGACCCCCAACAGCAGCAACAACACAAGUGCCAGCUAGUAAUUUGCCGCCACAUAUGCGACCGCCAGGCAUGAACGUUCCACCGUUAGGUAUGCCCUUGACCAAUGGUGGAAGCGGCAGCGGUGAUUUGAGCGCGAACUCUUCGCGCACAGCAUCACCUUCACUGGCGCAGCAAGCACAAUUUGGCGGAUAUAACGCCAAACCGUCAAUGAGUCAAGCGCCUAGUGGCAAUGUAACACCAAGUAAUCCACAAUACUCGUCAGCAAGCGCUGCAGCUUUGUCGGGCAGUAUGCAAAACUUAAGUAUUAAUCGCAUCAAUGGCGCGUCGCCGGCGAACAUUCCUCCUCCAACGAAUAUGCUGCAACAGCGGCAACCAUCGACAGCAUCAAAUCAGACGCAGCAGCAGCAAAUGCCGUUCCCAAGCAAUUACCAGGCCAAUUUUCGUACUAAUGCCAUGAAUGCAGCCACACCUCUGGUUGCACAGCCGCCAGCAUUGCAAGCAAACGUUCCGCCACCGCACGCGACCGCCGCUUAUGCCAUGAAUACAUCGUACAGCCAAACAGCACCAACGCAAACUUUGAACGCAACGGCGGGUGCGCAACCACCAGUCAGCAGUGCGGCUAUGUUCGGAACAUCGCGUUCACAGCCUAUUUUGGCAAAUGCGCCACCAAGUGCACGUCCACAGCCGCCACAAGUAGCGACACUUACGAAUGCCAAUUACGCACCGAGCACUCCAGUUGGUACCAUGCAGCCACCACUACCGCCGACAAGUGCUGCCGCAACAGCCCUGCAGCAAAAUCAGUUGAAUAACAAUACACAGCAACAAACGUCGACGCUACGCAAGCCCAUGUAUCCUACUGGACCGCCACCAAUGGUGGCGACUUCACCGCUACAGCAACAGCAACCACAGCUGCAACAGCAGCAGCAGCAGCCCUAUGCGCCAGUGUAUCAGCCACAGCCGGGUGUAUUCAAUGGCCAGCCUAGUACUGCACCGUUGCAAUAUCAAACACAGCCUUAUAUGCAGCAAACGCCGCCAGUACACCAGCAGCAAUUCUCUCAGCCGCAACAGCAGCAGCCACAACAAACACCGAACUUUCCUAUACCUAGCGGUGACGCAUAUAAUCAGCAAAUGAGUGUCACACAAGCGGGUUUCAGUCGUCUAUGGGGUCAAGAUACCAUUGAUUUAAUGCAAAAUCGUCACAUUUUGUCACCUGCCACUCUAACACCUCCCCGCAUUGUACUCAACAAUCAAUUCCACGAAUCGAUUAAUUGCAAUUUAAACAUAAUGCGUAGUACUAUUGCCAAAAUACCAGAAAGCAAUGCUUUGCUACAAAAGUCUCGUUUGCCAUUGGGCAUUUUGAUACAUCCAUUCCGUGAUAUUAAUAGUUUACCAGUAAUUCAGUGUCCCAACAUUGUGCGUUGUCGUUUGUGUCGCACGUACAUAAAUCCCUUUGUAUAUUUCGUCGACAGUAAAAUGUGGAAGUGCAAUCUUUGCUAUCGGGUCAAUGAAUUGCCCGAAGAUUUUCAAUAUGAUCCAGCAACGAAAACAUAUGGUGAUGUAACACGUCGUCCGGAAGUGCGUUCGAGCACUAUUGAAUUUAUUGCACCUUCCGAAUAUAUGUUACGCCCACCGCAACCCGCCAUCUAUUUGUUCCUGUUCGAUGUUUCCAUUAUUGCCCAACAAAGCGGUUAUCUGGAGAAUAUUUGCGCCACACUGAGUAAACACUUAGACGAUAUGCCGGGUGAUGCACGCACACAAAUCGGCUUUAUUGCAUACAACAGUCACGUGCAUUUCUACAGCAUGGCUGAGGGCUAUAAUCAGCCACACGAACUGACGUUGCUCGAUAUAGAUGAUCCGUUUCUGCCGCGACCUGACAAUCUAUUGGUCAAUAUGAAGGAGUGCAAAGAAUUAGUAAAGGAUUUACUAACACAACUGCCUAAGCGUUUUGCCGACACACACGAUCCGGGUUCAGCGCUCGGCUCUGCUUUGCAGGUUGCUUAUAAGCUGAUGCAAGCAUCUGGCGGUCGCGUGACUGUUUUCCAAACGUGCCUUCCCAAUAAAGGACCCGGUUCGCUGGAACCGCGUGAAGAUCCCAACAAUCGAUCCGCCAAGGAUGUGGCUCAUCUAAAUCCAGCAACAGAUUUCUACAAGCGCUUUGCCUUAGAAUGUUCGGGCUACCAAAUUGCAGUGGAUUUGUUUUUGCUGAAUCAACAGUAUAGUGAUAUGGCAACGAUAUCGGGCAUCAGCAAAUAUAGUGGCGGCUGCGUGCAUCACUUUCCGCUCUAUCAGAAAACGAAGCCGCAGAUUGUGGACUCAGUGAAGCAAUGCUUCAAACGCUAUCUGGUGCGUAAGAUCGGCUUUGAGGCUGUGAUGCGCAUUCGCUGUACACGCGGCCUACAGGUGCACACAUUCCAUGGCAAUUUCUUCGUGCGUUCAACAGAUUUACUUUCAUUGCCGAAUGUCAACCCGGAUGCAGGCUACGGCAUGCAGAUUUCUUACGAGGAGUCGUUGAGUGAAGCGAAAACGGUCUGCUUCCAAGCAGCGCUGCUGUACACGAACAGUGAGGGCGAACGUCGCAUACGUGUCCAUACAAUGUGCCUACCCGUAACCGGCUCACUGCCCGACGUUAUGCAUGCCGCCGAUACGGAAGCCAUAAUUGGUUUGCUAUCGAAAAUGGCAGUUGAUCGGUCGCUGACGUCAAAUGUUGCCGAUGCGCGCGAAGCGUUCAUCAAUGCGACUGUAGAUAUAUUCAAUGCAUUUAAAAUUGCACAAAAUCUACCCUCCGGCCAGAGUGGUCAAUUGAUUGCGCCGCGCAGUUUGGCACUGAUGCCAUUAUAUAUAUCGGCGUUACUCAAACACCCGGCUUUCCGUGUCGGCACCAGCACCCGUCUAGAUGAUCGCGUAUAUGCGAUGGAUUGCAUGAAAACAUUGCCAUUGGAUCAGUUAAUGAAAUUUAUUUAUCCAGAAUUUUAUUUAAUUGACACACUGUUCUAUCCGAAUGCGAAUACGUUAGAAGAUGAUGAUGAGGAAGAUUUACCGGAAUUACCGCGUUUGCAGCUAUCGGCUGAAUUCUUGGAUUCGCGUUCAAUAUUUUUGUUGGAUUGUGGGAAUCUAAUUAUCAUCUAUGUUGGCAUGAAUGUGCCCGUCAAUGUGCUGGAAGGUGUAUUUGGUGUUAAAGCGACCGCAGAAUUGCCCGACUAUUUGUAUGGCUUGCCGAAUGUGACUAGUCCGGCUAAUAAUGUUUUAAAACGAUUUAUCUUGCAUUUGAAUGAUGACAAACCGAAUCCGCCAAUAGUACAGAUUAUAAGGGACACGAGUACGGCCAAGCCACAGUUUAUUGAGAAAUUAGUCGAUGAUCGCAGUGAAUCUAGUUUAUCAUAUUAUGAAUUUUUGCAACAUAUACGGACUCAGGUUAAAUAGUAUAUUAUAAGUGGAAAUUAAACGGAUUAAUUGAUUACAAUAUACAUGCAUAUAUAGAUACAAUAAUUUAAAGAAAUUAGCCACAAAUGAUGAAAAGAAGAUAACAAAUACAAAAAGCGAUUUCUUAUCUUACACGUAAAAGAGUAAAAGCGUAUGAAUGUAAUCAAUUACUUAUAAAUAUAAAUAUAUUAUACAUAUAAACAAACAAUUAACUACUACUACCUACUAUGUGGUUGAUUGAUAUACGAAAAAGGAAUUUACAGUUAUAAGUACGCAUAUAAUCUACAAGCAAAUAUGAAAAUAAACAAAUUAAUUAACUUUAGAUUAUAAAUGAAAAAAGAGAAAACUAACAAUAUACCUAUAUAUAUAUAUAUAUAAAUAUGUCUUAAAGAACUUAGAAAGCAAGAAAUCGUAAGAAAAAAAUGUAGUCUAUAAGCGCGAAGGAGCGAAGAAUAAACACGACGCUUUUGCAUAGCGUAAACAGCAACAAUUGAAAUAGAAAUACAUUAGUUACAAACUUAAAACAACACAGCUGAGUAGAACACCUCAUAACUACAACGGGGUUUUUAAUAUACAUACAUACAAACAAAUAUACAGAAAUGAGAAUUAAAAAAGCGUGUUCAAAACACCGGCGCAUUAAACUUAGUUCGUUGCAUACCUAACAGCUGUGGUACUAUGCGAAUAUAUAUUUGUAACACCGUAUUUCCCGUUGCAUUGUUCAAAACUAUAGAAGAAAAUUAAAUAUAAAGUCUUUCCGACGAAAUUGUGUAGUUGAGUGAGCGGAAGAUGGAGAAUGUCUUAUAUGUGUAUUCAUACCAUACAUAUUGAUGAGCACUAUCGCAGCAUGUUUCACAUUUGACUGAUGAAGGCAAUAGAUAAGUAGACGAGAUAACGAUGUUAAAAUAUUGAGUAAGAAGUGUUAAACAUUCUAGCCAGCAGCUGCUGUGCUAUGCGUAUUUAACAAUGCAACGCAAUUGUGUUAUUGUCUGUACAUAGGGAAUUAAUAAAUAAUAAAUAAUAACAAAUUA